UCGUCCCAGUCUAGUCGUACGACGAACGUCGAGCUCGACUCCUCUCUACAAGUUUUGAUGCGCACCAUUAAUUCUGCGCGUAAAUCCCAUAUUUUUGAACGAACCGCCAAAUACAAUUUUACCAUCUCGAGCGUCGUUUAAUUAGAAGAAGAAGGAAAAAAACAAUUCUUUCCAUAAAAUUCGUUAAAAAAAUAUAACCCCCCUCCCCCCCCCAAAAAAAACAGGAGUUCAGGAACUGAAAAAAAGGGAUAUUAAUGAAAAAGGAAAGGAAAAAAAAAGAAAAAUAAAAAACUAUUAAAAAUUUAACGCCGGAAGUGUUUAUUUUUUUUCGAAAUGUUAUGAAAAAGAAAUUAUGAAAAAUUCCCUUAAAAGAACACAUUUGUGUUUAAUUCAAAUAGCGCGUUCUUUGGUCUCGGCGAACACCUGUAGCAGCAGCGCCGGAAAACUUGCUUCUUUCAACGUUUCCCCAGGAAAUUUGUGUAUUUCAAUGUUGUCGAAAAAAAUGAUUGGAAAAAAAAAGAUUCAUCAGAUUUGUGUGAAAAAAUAGAAAUUGUUUUUUGUUUUUUUUUUUAACAAAAAAAAAAGAAUUUGAUACAAUAAAAAUCGUGUACUGUGAUUAUUUGUGUGGUUUUUUUUUUUUAAAUUCUAAACUAAAACAAUUGUGUGAAUUUUCAAUGAGAAUUUUUUGACUGAUUUAAAUAAUAAUAGGGAUUAUUAAAUAUAGUUAUUACUAUAAAUAAUAAUGGGAAAUAAUGAUUUGUGUUUAAUUUUGAUGGUCAUUUACAGGAAUGAAAUUUGAACACUAGAAGGAAUAUAUUUAGAAGCUGUGUGAAAAUUCAUCUUUCUAAAGGAGAUGAUGGAUUUUGUCAUUUUUCAUGGAAAUGAAUGGUGAGAAUGAAGGUGAGGUGCUACUGCUGCUGCUGCUGCUACAAUGUUGACAAUAUUAUUUUAAGUUUGAAAGAAAGUUUGUAAAACUAGAAAAAUUCAAUGCGUGCGUUGAUUUACUGUGGAGAUUGGCGACGAAAAGCUCGGAAGUAUGACGUAGUCAGAGUGACCAGGAGCGUUUGGAAUGCUCCAGAAUUUCGGUUAGGGUCGUAUGGAGGGGAAGUACGUAACAACCGACAGCACCUGGUUUUUGAACCUGACGACGAACACAACUACUCAGGAUUCCGACAAUUUCCUUUACGGAUUUCCCGGGAAAUAUUCCCCAUACUCUACUCCUACGGCCAUCUUCCUUGCUCUGCUUCUUGGAAGUAUUAUCAUAGGGACUAUAAUUGGAAACAUUUUGGUUUGCAUUGCGGUUAAGAAAGUGAGGAAACUGCGGAAACCUUGCAACUACCUCCUGGUGAGCUUAGCUGUCAGUGAUCUCUCUGUGGCUAUAUUAGUAAUGCCAUUGUCAGUGAUUUACGAAAUUUGGGGAAGUUGGCCUCUCGGAUCCAUCAUGUGUGACUUCUGGGUCAGUCUCGAUGUCCUUAGUUGCACAGCAAGCAUUUUAAAUCUCUGCGCGAUUUCCGUCGACCGGUACAAGGCCAUCACGAAGCCACUGGAAUAUACGGUAAAGAGAACACCACGACGGAUGGGCGUAUGGAUAGCUCUUGUCUGGUGCAUGGCAGGUUGUAUCAGUGUUGCUCCCUUGUUGAUACUUGGCAAUGAGUACAAGACUUCCGAAACUGGACGAAUCGAUUGUAACGUUUGUCAAAAUUCAUGGUAUCAAUUUUAUGCCACCAUGGUCAGCUUUUAUUUUCCAACAGCCGUCAUGAUAUAUGUAUACUGCAUGAUAUAUAUGGCUGCUCACAAAAUAGUCUUAGAAGAAAUAAGGGCCCAAAAUCAUUUGGAAGCACAUUGUUAUAUGGAUAUUGAGCCACAACAAAAUCUCUCAGUACCAGUGAUAACUCGUCCAAAUAAUUCCGACGAACAAACAACGCGUACGAGUUCUCCUUUGAAGCAACAUAGAAGUUCCAGUGCAUCGACCACGGGAAGACCGCGGCAACAUGCAACAGUGGUAAGUUGCAAAAAUCCUUUUAAAAGCUUAUAUUGCAGUAGAUCCUAGAUUAUAUUGUUUUUUUUUUAUUUUCCAAGCUUUUAAUCUCACGAAUUCAUUUAUCAUUUAAGAAAC